AUGCCCAAGAGGAAGCUUAGCUCAGCCCAAGGGGCAGAGCAGGAGGAGCCCAAGAGGAGAUCUGUGAGGCUGUCAGCUAAAACUGCUCCUGCAAAACUGGAAACGAAGCUGAAAAAGGCAGCAGCAAAGGAUAAAUCUUCAGAUAAAAAAGUGCAAACAAAAGGGAAAAGGGGAGCAAAGGGAAAACAGGCCAAAGUGACUAACCAAGAAAUUAAAGAUUCACCUGCAGAAAAUGGAGAAGCUAAAAAUGAGGAGUUAUAUUCCACAGAGGAAAGCCCAGCCUCUGAUGAAGCAGGAGAGAAAGAAGACAAAUCUUAA